GUAAAAAUAUGUACUUUUUUAAUAAAAGAUCAUCUUGAGAGUAGCGAAAACACCAGCGCGCCAUCUAACAGAACGAAAAUGUCAUACGGAGUAGAAAUAUCUGAGAAUCACUGAGAGACGCGAGACUGAAUUUGGCGCGAAUUUGUCGUAAGUUCGUUGAAAGAAUUUUCCUGCGGUAUUCUUGCUAAUUAACGAUUCAUCCAAGCAAGAAAAUGCAGUCUUCUUCGAACAAGAGUACGGGUGAUAAAGUGGCGAAUAAAAAAAAAUCAUCGUUAAAAGGUAAGAACAUGGAGAAAGAGAAAUUGCUGGAAGAAAUACGAAUGCUGAGAUGUAUGAUCGAACAGGGCGAAUGGAACAUGGAGAAGUUGCGAUUCAAAGACGUGGAACACACGAUUGAGCCGCGAGACACACAGAUCUUACGCGUUAACAGAAUACCGAAUGUCGAAGUCCAACUGCAGAAUGAUUUGUACAGAUUCGCUGGUUUCCAUUGCGUCAAGUUUAAACGGUCGGAAAUUGUAUUUAAUUUUGUGUCGACUAACGAGCAACAAAAGGACAACACUUACGCUGUACAAAUCUUGGCAAAAGAUGGAAAAGGCAGUGUGGGAAAAUGGGUGAUGCCAAUGUCAGUUGAUAUGAAUCAAAUAUCGACCAAGAUACCGAUCGACAAUUUAAGAAACUUAAAUGCUUUCUUGAAAUAUUGCAAGCACAAUAUCGAUUGCUACAUCAUACGACAAGAGCAGUAUUUGUCGUUGAAGGAACAUACUUUGCAUAUGAAACACCUUGCUUUACAUUCUAAUAUAGGAUAUAUGGAAAUUAAUCUCGAAUUGUAUGGUGUAUACGAUAAGGAGGAUGAUAAAUAUAUAGAUUUGAUUGUAUACUUAUUGUACCAUUCUGAUGAAGCAAGACCAUAUAAGGUCGAAGUUGACACAACAGCGAAGAAGAAGCUAAGUGACGAAGCAAAGCAAAGAUUGAAAAUAUACUUGAAGGAGUUUAAAUUAUCCGAUCUGAGAACUGCAUUUGAUAAAGUGUUCAUGAAAAAUAAUUCUGCAUUUACAUGGACGCAAGCAGACGACAGUGAUAGUCCAUUGGAAAUUAAUGACACUAGCAUCUCCGACGAAGAAGGCUUUUUAGAACAAUUACAGUCAGAGCGAAAGAAAUCAUUAAGGGAAGCCAAAAGGAAACGUAUACUGCAGAAUAAAUGGAACGAAAGGAAAAAGCAAAAACGUUUUAUGGAAAUUGGUACAUCAUCAGAAGAUAAUAGAAAAGGAGAACAAAAAGAUAAUAGUAAUGAUAAUGCUCAUUCAAUGGUAGAAAUAUCACAUACUGAAAAACCACGUCAAAUUUCAGUAAAUAAGGAAGGAACUGAAGAAGCUGUAUCUUCCCUAAAACAACAAACUAAUGAAAACCAACUGGAACAAACCCCGAUGAAUAAAUCUAAAAGUAAAUUAAAACAGACAAAAUUAAAUUUCCAAGCUGCCCGAUCUGCAAAUUCUGACAAUGUAUAUAAAAAGUUGUCCCAAGCAAAACCACACAGUAAAUUUAACAGCAAGAGUCAGAAAGCAGCCAAGUUGAUCACUAGUACUCCAUUGAGGUACUCCAUGGCUCCUCGUGUCAUAUCUACUUUGGAGAUUGAUAAUAUUACUGAAAUUAUAUCUCCGCCAAAGAAAGCAGCAGGUCAUUCAAAUAACUCGAAGAACAGUCAGAACUUAAACAAUAAAAAAACUUGAACAAAAAUCCCAGAGCCAGUGAGAAAGAACGCUAAGGUAAUUAAAUGAUUGGCAAGUACACAUACUGUGAAAGAUGUUAAAUUCAAAACCUGAAAUAUGAAAAAUUGAGAAGUAAAAUAUAAAAUUAUUUAUAAAUACUAUUUACAAAAA